AUGCCUAACAAUGGAGAUAUUGGUGACAUGCCUGAAUUCCCCGUCCUGAGACAAACCAUCCAAACAAUGUCAACUCCACAUGAAUCUAUCAGAAAGGAUCAUAAAGAAAAUAAUAACUCUCCCAAAGUAGACAAUAUGUUCAAUCUAUGGACUGAAAUAGAUGAGCACGUCGCUCGCCUGAGCAAGUCUGAUGCAAGAGACUCCAAUGAAUCCCUGAAGAAGCUCUGGAAUGAUGAUUACCGGAGAGACUCAAUCCAAGAGCAAAACCUUGCCUUGCAAAGAUAUCGCAACUUGGCCCAUGUCGAGUUUACUGAGCAGGAGCACCUGGUAACCAAUCUGAAAAAUCAAAUCCAUCAGCUCCAAUCACAAGUAAUCAAAAGUAAGGCCUGUGAGGAGGAAUCCAAAAUGCUUAUGCGAGAAACCCACCAUGCACCUCCAAAUGAACUCAAAUUUCCUCCAGCAAAUCGGAAGAGAGCAUCGUCAAUCCUCCCAGCUGGUAGUUCUGUUAAACAUGCCAUGGCUGGCCCGAGUCCCGGAAACAACAACCCAAGCGACCUGGAAUCCUCGGAUAAUGAAGAACAUUCAUCGACGGAAUCUGAUGCUGACGCAACCUCAAACAACAAGACUAAGACACGUACCAAAGCUCAACGAAAGGAGAAAACAACGUACCUCGUUCAAGACCAUAUUGAUGAACCUGCUGAUGCAUUUGGAGUGGAUUUCCUGGCAAUGGAGCCAGAAUCCGAUCAUGACAGUGAUUCAGAUAGCACCAAGCAAAACAAAUGCCAAGCCAGACAAGAGUACUGCGCGAAAUUGAACCUAUUGAAGUAUCAACAAAGCUUCAUUAAGAAUGAACCCCCUUUCACGUACAACAGUGACGCUAACGUUCAAGAAAUGGAAUGUAAGCAGGAUUUGAAGCUACCUGUCUGGAACUAUCUUCAAAGGCUUCACAAUCCUGCCGACAUGGUUGGCGACGUGGACGAAAAGGAGAUGGUACACCAAUUCUGGAUGAACUGUCAACCAUAUAUUAGAGCAUCUCUAGUAGGCAAAAGAUUAUCCAUUACCGCUCCCACAAUGGAUAAUUUGCCAGACAGCUUAAUUUGGAUACUUCCCUGCCAAAGGGGCAAAAGUGCGAAAGUGUUUUAUAUCCUACCAUAUGUUGAAUUGCCCCUGGAGGAGGAGCAGACAUACAAAUGA